CACAGAUGUGGGAUAUUGAAUGUUUUCAUGGACUCACAUUAUAAAUAAACAAUAUCCUAGACUGUUAAGUGAAGAAUGAUGGGUGACACAGGUGGUAAUGUACUGCAUAUUGGAGAUAUUGUGUCCCUGUACGCAGAAGGGACUGUUUCUGGAUUUUUAAGUACUUUAGGAUUGGUAGAUGACAGAUGUGUAGUAUGUCCCGACGCAGGCGAUUUAUUGAACCCACCGAAAAAAUUUCGGGAUUGUCUGUUCAAAAUAUGUCCCAUGAACAGAUAUUCCGCUCAAAAACAAUUUUGGAAAGCUGCCAAGCAAAGCAUGGGUCCGAAUACAGAUCCCAAUCUUAUAAAAAGGCUCCAUCAUGCUGCAGAAAUAGAGAAAAAACAAAAUGAUACAGAAAAUAAAAAAUUAAAUGGGACCAAUGUUUUAUAUGGGAACGUAGUCCAGUUGCUGCAUCUAAAAUCUAACAAGUACUUAACAGUAAACAAAAAGUUACCAGCACUUCUAGAAAAAAACGCCAUCCGAGUUUACUUGGAUGGAAGUGGAAAUGAAGGAUCUUGGUUUUACAUACAUCCUUUUUAUAAACUCCGAGCUACUGGAGAUAAUAUAGUCUUAGGGGACAAAGUUAUAUUAAAUCCUGUAGGACCUGGUCAACAACUGUUACAUGUCGCAGCCAAUCAUGAGCUAGUGGAUAAUCCUGGAUGUAAAGAGGUGAAUGUUGUAAAUGGAAAUACAUCAUGGAAAGUGACGUUAUUCUUGGACUACAAGGAAAACCGUGAUAAUAUUCUCAAAGGCGGGGAUGUUGUUAGGUUAUUCCAUACAGAGCAGGAAAAAUUCUUAACAAUGGAUGAAUAUAAAAAGCAUUCUCAUGUGUUUUUAAGAACUACAGGCCGUACAAGUGCUACAGCGGCAACUAGUAGUAAAGCAUUGUGGGAAAUAGAAGUGGUUCAAAAUGACCCAUGCCGUGGUGGGGCAGGUCAUUGGGACUCUUUGUACCGUUUCAAACAUUUAGCCACAGGACAAUACUUAGCCGCCUCUCCAGAUAUUGAGGAAACUGACAAAUCAGACCCCAGCGAAAGUUCCAAAUACCAUUUGGUACCUGUUACCCAUCCUUAUGAACGAAACGAAAUAGCAUCCCUGUUUGAAUUGGGACCUACCAACCUGCCUCCAGCCGAUUCUUUAGUUCCCCAAUCUAGCUAUGUUAGAUUGCACCAUAUUUUUACUGAUACUUGGGUUCAUUCUACUUCUAUACCUAUCGACAAGGAAGAAGAAAAACCGGUUAUGUCAAAAGUUGGAUGUGCUUUGAGGAAGGAGGAUAAAGAAGCUUUUGCUUUAAUUCCUGUCUCACCAGUGGAAGUUCGUGAUCUGGAUUUUGCUAAUGAUGCAUGUAAACUUUUAUCAUCUUUGUCCGUUAAGUUAGCUAAUGGGACGUUAUCUCACAGUGAAAGAAGGUCAUUGACAACUCUUUUGCAAGACAUUGUGUAUUUUGUCGCUGAAUUAGAAAACGAACAAAAUAAAACGGAAGCUUUGGAUCUUAUGGUCACCAAUCCAAAUAGAGACAGACAAAAACUUUUGAGAGAACAGGCUAUACUCAAGCAGUUAUUUAACAUUCUUCAGGGCCCCUUCUUGGAACAAAAAGACGAACCACCAUUCCUAAAAAUAGACGAACUAAAUGAUCCUCGCCAUGCUCCUUACAAAUACAUAUUCCGCCUGUGUUAUCGCAUUUUAAGGCUUAGCCAACAAGACUACAGAAAGAAUCAAGAAUACAUAGCCAAACACUUUGGAUUUAUGCAAAAACAAAUCGGCUAUGACAUACUCGCUGAAGAUACUAUAACAGCUUUGCUUCAUAAUAAUAGAAAACUAUUGGAGAAACAUAUAACGCCUGCGGAGAUUGAAACAUUCGUCGGCUUAGUGAGGAAAAACAUGAACAAUUGGGAAAGUAGAUUUCUGGACUAUUUAUCAGAUCUUUGCAUAUCGAAUAAAAAAGCAAUACCAGUGACACAGGAGUUAAUUUGUAAAAGUGUACUAAGCCAAAAAAACUCCGAUAUUCUUCUAGAAACAAGAAUAAUGAAAACACAAGUAGAACUUCAUGAAGUUGCGGAAGAAGAUGAAACUUUAUUAGAUGAUAGCUUGGAUAAUUUAAUUACAGUUGUAGAGGAUUGUCAAGUGAUUCUCUUGUGGAACAACAGGCAGAAGCAAAUGGCUUUAACAGACUUGUGCAGAAAUGCAAAAAAGGGCGGUAAAGACGAUCAAGCUAUCUUAGAUUAUUACAGACACCAAUUGGAUUUAUUUUCAAACAUGUGCCUUAACAGGCAGUAUUUAGCUUUGAACAAUUUGUCUCCCCAUUUGGAUAUCGAGCUGAUUUUGAAAUGCAUGGCAGAUGAAAAUGUCAGUUUUGAUCUGCGAGCUUCAUUUUGUCGACUGAUGCUUCAUUUACAUGUGGAUAGAGAUCCACAAGAGCCAGUUACACCUGUGAAAUAUGCCAGAUUGUGGUCUGAAAUACCAUCUUUGAUGUCCAUAAAUGAUUAUGAUUGCAACAAAAUGCCUGAUCCCAAUAAAGAAGUAGUUCGCGCAAAAUUUUCCUCCACUAUAGCAUUUGUUGGCGGUUACCUUUGCAAUGUUGUUGCAAAAAUGUGGUCCUUCGCUGAUCAGGAGCAGAACAAACUAACAUUCGAGGUUGUAAAAUUAGCCAGAGAGUUAAUCUAUUUUGGUUUCUAUAGUUUUUCUGAUUUGCUUAAACUAACCAAAACGCUUUUGAGUAUUUUGGAUUGUGUUGCCGAAUCAGAUCUUGUUGAUGGAAGAAUACCUAUUGGUGAUAUUGAUUUUGGAGAGGAGAAUAAAAAUCCCAAAUGUUCGGAGCAAAAAGCUGAAGGUGGUGUGCUGAGGAGCAUAGGGGACAUGGGAGCGGUAAUGACAUCUCUAACUUUAGGACCAAGUGGUAGACCUUUAGCAACAUCAAAUGUGGGUUCAAAAUCUUCAAUGUAUCACAAAGAAUAUCCUUUAGUGAUGGACACUAAAUUGAAGAUUAUUGAAAUUUUAGAGUUUAUAUUAGAUGUUCGUUUGGAUUACCGAAUUAGUUGUCUCCUAAGCAUUUUUAAGCAAGAAUUUGAUGAAUCUGAGAAACAGAACGGCGGAAAUGUUAAUUUGGGUCAAAAAAAUAUUGAUCUGGAAUUAAUAGGCAGUCAUGCAGAAGGCAUUUUUGGAAGUAGUGAGGAAUGCGCCGUUUUAGACUUGGACGGCCAUGGUGGGCGAACUUUUCUAAGAGUACUUCUCCAUCUGACAAUGCAUGAUUAUCCGCCCUUAGUUUCCGGAGCCCUUCAUUUGCUUUUUAGACACUUUAGUCAGCGGCAAGAAGUUCUGCAAUCUUUUAGACAAGUCCAGUUAUUGGUAUCUGACAGUGAUGUUGAAUCCUAUAAGCAAAUAAAAGCUGAUCUGGAUGUUCUAAGGCAAAGUGUUGAGAAAUCCGAACUCUGGGUUUACAAAUCAAAAAGUGAUGAACAUGGCUCUGGGAAAAAAAAUAAGGAAGAAGAGGAUGAUGCUCCACCAAGUAAACCCCCGAUGUUAAGUGUUUUAGAAAAAAAAGGAUCAGCUAUUAAUCUUGAUGUUGGUCCGCCGCUACUACAAGAGCAAGCCGAAGAAUAUAAGAAAAUUCAGCUGAUUUUGAUUCGAAUGAAUAAGUUAUGCACUCAAGAAUCUCCUAUGGUCAAACCAAGAAAGCAUGAACAAAGAUUAUUGAGAAACGUUGGAGUUCACACAGUGGUCUUAGAUCUUUUGCAAGUACCUUAUGAUGAAAAAGAAGAUAUUAGAAUGAACGAGCUAAUGAGGUUGGCACACGAAUUUUUGCAGAACUUUUGCUUGGGUAAUCAGCAAAAUCAGAUUUUGCUGUAUAAGCAGUUAGAUCUUUUCUUAAACCCUGGGAUAAGAGAAGCCCAAACUGUCUGCUCAAUAUUUCAAGACAAUCCUACGUUGUGCAAUGAAGAAAACGAAAAGGUCAUCCAAGAUUUUGUGCGUUUUAUCGAGACGCACGGGCGACAUGUGCAAUAUUUAAAGUUCCUCCAAACAAUCGUAAAAGCUGACAAUCAAUUUAUAAGGAAGUGUCAGGAUAUGGUAAUGCAAGAGUUGAUUAAUGCAGGCGAAGAAGUCCUAGUAUUCUAUAACGAUAAGGCUUCUUUCAACCACUUUGUUGAAAUGAUGCGAUCAGAAAGACAUUGCAUGGAUGAAAGCAGUCCCCUAAAGUACCACGUGGAAUUGGUUAAACUUUUAGCUUGCUGCACGAUGGGAAAAAAUGUUUAUACCGAAAUAAAAUGCCACAGUUUGUUACCUUUAGAUGAUAUCGUAGCAAUGGUAACUCAUCCAGAUUGCAUUCCGGAGGUUAAAGAAGCAUAUGUAGGGUUUUUGCACCACUGCUACAUUGAUACUGAGGUGGAGAUGAAGGAAAUUUAUACUAGCAACCAUAUGUGGACCCUUUUUGAGAAAUCAUUCUUGGUUGAUAUGGCUGAUAUUGCUACAGCUCCCAAUGACAGGAAACAUCCUGAUAAAGCUUUAGAGAAUUAUGUUACAAAUUGCGUAAUGAAUUUAAUAACUACUUUCUUCAAAAGUCCAUUCUCUGAUCAAAGUACCACAGUUCAGACAAGACAGCCGAUUUUUGUACAGUUGUUGCAAUCUGCCUUCAGAGUUUCGCAGUGUCUUUGGUUAUCUGCAUCACAACGCUUUAAUGUUGAAAACUGCAUACGUACGCUAUCAGAAGUUGCAAAAAACAGAGGCAUUGCUAUACCUUUGGAUUUGGAGAGUCAGGUGGCGCCUAUGUUCAAUAAAGCCAGUAUUUUAACAAGACAAACAAGCAAAUGGCUUACUGCCUCGAAGACGCCUAAAAUUGAACGUUCCCAGUCAACGUUAAUGAGACUAGAUAGAAGUAUCAUAGAGGGCCUACAAGACAUAGUUUCUCUCUUAGAAGAUCAAUUGAAGCCUUUAGUUCAAUCAGAACUGUCUCUUUUAGUAGAUGUUCUUUAUAGACCAGAACUACUUUUUCCUGAGGGCACUGAGUAUAGAAAACGUUGUGAGAGUGGGGGAUUUAUUAGAAGGUUGAUAAAACAUACGGAGAAACUACUAGAAGAAAAAGAAGAAAAAUUGUGUGUCAAAGUAUUACGGACUUUAAGAAAAAUGAUGACAGUUGACCCAGAUUACGGAGAGAAGGGGGAUGUUUUACGUAAUAGCUUGUUGGCACGAUACUUUGGGAAGAACUUCUCUCAAGCUCAUGAUAACACAUCUGUGUCAAGUUAUCAGGUACCUGUAACUCAUGGACCAGGAGCUAAAAUAAUCAGCAGAGCAAAUCAAACAUUACAUGAAGUUCAGACUCAUUUAGACAAGGAGGGAGCGUCUGACUUGGUUGUGGAACUAGUCAUAAAAUCAGUAAAUUCACCUUCAAUUUUUGGAGAAGCUGUUGAACUUGGCAUAGCUUUAUUGGAGGGGGGCAAUUCUACUAUUCAGAAGAGUAUGUUCAAUAAAUUGUUAGGAGGUGAUCUAAGCCAAGCAUUUUUCAAGGUCUUUCAUGAUAAGAUGCGGGAUUCCCAGUCUGAAAUCAAGUCAACUGUAAGCGUAAACACGUCAGACAUGGCAGCAAAGGCGCACGACGAUAAACAAGAUGGCAAAGAUCUUGAUAAAAUGUCAAAAAGGCAAGGCAAAAUAAACGGUAUUCUUAUCAGUGAUGAAUUACGAGAGGAACUGAAUCGUGCAGCUGAAUCUACGUCUCAAGCUUACGCGCACAUCCGAAAUAUGGCUGCCGGAGACGAAAAUUUAAUUUCUUCAAGUGCUGCAAGCGCUUUUGAAGACUUAUUAGCCGAAAAAUUAGAAAAACAUCGAGAGAGAGAUGAGCAAAAUGGGUUAUCUAAUAAAGUUUUAAUUAUGCAACCUAUAUUGAGAUUUUUACAACUCUUGUGUGAAAAUCACAAUCCAAAACUACAAAAUUUAUUGAGGAAUCAAAACAAUAAAACCAACUUCAAUUUAGUGUCUGAAACAUUAAUGUUCCUAGAUUGUAUUUGUGGAUCGACCACUGGUGGUUUGGGGUUAUUAGGUUUGUACAUAAAUGAGAAUAAUGUCUCUUUGAUUAAUCAAACUUUGGAAACUCUCACUGAAUAUUGCCAAGGUCCAUGCCAUGAAAAUCAAAACUGUAUAGCAACCCAUGAAUCAAGUGGCCUUGAUAUAAUAACAGCAUUAAUUUUAAAUGAUAUCAAUCCCUUAGGAAAAUCCAGAAUGGAUUUGGUAUUAGAAUUAAAAAAUAAUGCUUCUAAACUUUUACUGGCAAUCAUGGAAAGUAGGGGUGAUAGUGAAAAUGCAGAAAGAAUAUUAUCCAAUAUGAAUCCUAAACAAUUGGUCGAGGUUGCUUGUAAGGCUUUCCACCAAGAAACAAAUGAUGAAGACGAUGAUCUAGAUGAUUCUGGUGUAGAUGAUAUUGUAUCACCUAAGGAAGUAGGUCAUAAUAUCUACAUUCUGUGUCACCAGUUAGCCCAACAUCAUAAAGAACUGGCAAACUGGUUAAUACCCUCCGAUUCUCUGGACCCAAAGGUACAGAAAGCCUUAGAAUAUUAUAAUACCCACACAGCACAAAUUGAAAUAGUUAGACACGAUCGCACAUUAGAACAAAUAGUGUUUCCUAUACCGGAGAUUUGCGAGUAUUUAACUAAAGAUACAAAAAUUAGAGUCCUUAAUACUGCAGAAAGGGACGACCAAGGAUCUAAAGUAGCUGACUUUUUUGAGAGGACUGAUGAUAUGUUUAGUGAAAUGAAUUGGCAGAAGAAAUUAAGAGCUCAACCAGUUCUAUUUUGGGUGAGCAGUUACAUGUCCUUAUGGAGUAAUAUCCUAUUCAAUUGUGCCGUUUUAAUUAACCUUAUAGUUGCUUGCUUUUACCCUUUUCAAGAUCUUGUGCCACAAAUAAGUUCCACAAUCUCAGUACUGAUAUGGUUUGCAAUGUUAGUCUCAUCAGCCAUAGUGAUAACACUACCUAGGGAAACAGGAAUAAGAACAUUGGUUGCAUCUACGAUACUAAGGCUUAUAUAUUCACUAGGUCCUGAACCUACCUUAUGGUUACUUGGUUCAGUCACAAUUAUUUUGAAAGGCGUUCAUCUAGUCAGUAUUAUGGGAAACCAUGGUACUUUAACAAAAACCUAUUAUCAAAUUCUAACAGAUGCCGAACUAGUCUAUCAUUUGACUUAUUUAGUCUUUUGUAUGUUGGGACUUGCUAUGCAUCCAUUUUUUUAUUCCGUCUUGUUGUUCGAUGUUGUCUAUAGGGAAGAAACACUGUUGAAUGUCAUUCGAUCGGUAACUCGAAAUGGACGAUCCAUAAUUUUAACAGCUGUUUUAGCCUUGAUUUUGGUUUACAUGUUUUCUAUUAUUGGUUAUAUGUUCUUUAGAGAUGAUUUUAUUGUUAGUGUUAAAAAGAAAGAUGAUGAAACAUGUGAAGAAAUUUCUCAUCUAACUGGCAAGCAAUUUAAAGAAGACGAAACCCAUGAAUAUUGCCAGUUAAUAGAUCCAGGAGAGGAGAAAAAAGAGAGAGCCUGUGAUUCUUUGAGAAUGUGCAUUAUUACCACUUUAAAUCAAGGUUUGCGUAACGGAGGAGGAAUUGGUGAUAUUUUAAGAGCGCCCAGUAAUGAAGAAUCUCUAUUUGUGCCAAGAGUGGUAUACGAUUUGCUGUUUUUCUUCGUUGUGAUAAUUAUAGUACUUAACCUUAUUUUUGGUGUCAUCAUUGAUACUUUUGCUGAUCUGAGAUCAGAGAAACAACAAAAGGAGCUGAUUUUGAAGAAUACCUGUUUUAUUUGUGGAUUGAACAGAUCAGCGUUUGAUAACAAAACAGUAAGCUUUGAAGAACAUGUCAAAAACGAACACAAUAUGUGGCACUAUCUGUACUUUAUUGUCUUAAUAAAAGUGAAAGACCCAACGGAGUUCACUGGUCCAGAGAGUUACGUUUAUACUUUAGUCAAAUCUUUGAAUCUCGAUUGGUUUCCUAGACUGCGUGCCAUGUCUCUUGCUGCGGUAGAAGGCGACGGAGAACAAAUAGAACUUAGAAGUCUCCAAAACGUCUUGGAGAGCACUCAAUCGCUCGUCAAAAACUUGUCAAGUCAACUGAUGGAGCUUAAAGAACAAAUGGCUGAACAAAGAAAGCAGAAACAUCGUCUGGGAUUAUUGAGUUCAGCAUCUGCUUAUUUGCAAACCAACAACUUCUCUUAGGAGGAUAUAAUUUGGCUUGAAUAUAUAUUUUAGAAUCUUUAUUUUUUUGAGCUGUUACUGGAUUUGCGGUUAAACUUAAGACAUAUCGUGUCAGUAAUAGUGAUAUUAGAGUACAAUCGUCAUUUGGAAUAGCCAUUUAUAGUAGAAUGCAAAAUGGCAUGUCUCUUGGAAGGCUUUGAUCUGAUGUUUAUUUAGUGUUUUAUAUGUUUUAUUUUUAAUUUUUUUAAAGUUUAUUGUUUUUAAUUAACGUUAGACUGGGUUUAAGCAAUAGCGUUUCAUCCUUGUUGCUGCUCAUAACGCAGUAAAACGGCCUUACAAAUCAAGUAAUAGAGAGGGUAAGUUUUUCAAUAGAUAGAUAGGUACCCUGUUUAUCUAAGAAAUAGGAUUAAAAGGGGGUGUGAUCCUUAAAAACGACUUAAGCUACUUUAAUCAAGAAAAAAACAUCUAAGAUAUCUCGUGAGAACCGCAGUCCUAUAUUCAAAAUAUUAUCCGAGAAAAUUCCUUGUGAAGAUAAAUUAUGCAGGAACUUGUGACGUCACAACAGCCGAAAUCGCAGUCUUCUGUUCGUUCAGUCGUCAGUGAACCGUACCCUAUACUAUGAGUGGUUGCAAUUCGCUCUUACAACCUAGUUGUAACUUUAAACCGAACUAACUCGAAAACGGACCAUCGUAGCAACAUGCGGUUUAAAUAUUUAUUCUUAGAUUUUUUUGCACUAUAACUUCCAUUUUUGGGUCACACCCCCUUUAAUCAAUUUUUUAAAUAAAUGCCUAUUAAAAUAUUAAGCAGUUUAUCUCUUUACUACUUCACUCCUUUUUUUUUUCUACGAGUUCAAUAAUUUAGUGCCAUGCAAUGCACAAUGUAUCAAAACAUUAUAAAGAACUGUAACUUUUAUUAAUUUUUACAAAAUGACCGUAUCAUCACCCAAAUUCGAAAAAUGAUUGCGCUACUAUUUCUUAGAAUUUUGAGAAAAUGGAAUGCCAGUAUAAACCUUUUUUUUGUUUUUAUGCUGUAUUCGAAGUAUUUUGGUUUAUUAGAAUAGGUACACAUAUAUUUUUCGCAAUAAUGCUCUAAUUCUUCUCUGCUUUGUUAUCUUGACAGACGGUCUUUGACCUUUACAAUUAUUACACUGGACUCCAAACAAGCAUAAAUCUGAUCGGAUCGCCCGAAAAAUGUGAAAAUUCCCUCAACAAUAGCAUUUAAUGCACGAUUUGAAUGAUCAGAAAUAAGAAUUCUGUUGCCGUUGCGCUGAUCACGGUUUCGUUUCCAUUUUGUGUGCUUGUAGAAUGGAUGGAUGGCAAUAGCACUGACGACUUGGCAAGAGACUCUUGAGAAGACUCGUCCUAUUUUCAAAUGGUUAUUCGGGAUAAGCCUUUUGCCACUUUUUAUGUCUUCAAUCCUCCAUGUCUCCUGAUAGUUUUCAAACUGUGUCUCUCAGUAAACAUAAAAAUCAGUGAUACUUCAUCCUCACGCAUUUUACCGAAUCUAUUUAUACCAACUGGCUGUUUAGCACAGAAUUGUUUUUUAUACAUCAUUUACAUACCAGCAAAUAUUUGCUGGUCAAUGAGCAGUUUAUCUUCAUAAAAAAUUCAAAUAAAAUGUGCCUCAGCAACAGUUAAAGUUCGUGAAACUUUAUCGGUGUUAUUGCAAUUAUAGUAAAAAUUAGAGUCUGUUUAGGUUGAUAUAGCCUUAUUUCAUUCACUUAAAAAAGCGAUAAGUUUGUAAUUUUUGCUUUGACUUGACCAGUAUCGUGGAAGUGAAACCAAAUAGACGAGGACUUCCGUCCGUUAGACUAUCUUCGAAAUAUGCCAGAAAUACAUUUUUGCUAUAUUUUCCAGACAGAAAAGAACUUAUUUCGAGUCAGUUUUUGGAUAUGAAACAUCGCUUGCUAUGAUACUAACACUAUAAGAAAUAAGGUAGGUACCUAAAGUCUUCGAUGAUCGUAUAUCAAUAAAUAAAAUGAUGAAUAUUAUUUGAGCACGGUUUAAUAGUGUGAAAAUAUUUUAGGGUACAUGUUUAGGACUGUUUUUAUUUUAUUUCGGAACUUAAUUUCGAUUUUCCUAAUCACAAAAUAAAAUAACUCUCUUACCACUAAAUCGUAAAUAUGUAAUUAUUUUCUGUCCCUCAGAAACCCGGCGGGCCGAAAGGUAUCAAAUUGCGACCGCAAACAGGUGCUUUGCGGCCCGGUCGUACAUAAAUAUAUUUUUAUGCUACAAAAUCUGUGCUGUAAACUUAAUUAAAAUAUAUUUUGAUAUAAAUAAGAAAAUUUGAUCUCGAUUUUGGCUUAUGUAUUUUAUUCGUUUUAUCUAGUUUCCUGAUUAACAUUGAACUGGCCAAUAUUUUCGAUAUUUUCAUCACAAAACAUACAAUCAAUUAUAUAAAGUCGAAUUUUUGAAUAUUAUACAUUAGACUAGGUAUAGUGCUCAACUUUUUCUAAACUAUUAUCCGUUUUAUGAAAUACAUAAAUAUUUCUCAUAGGAAAUUUCAGAAAAUUUUCGAUUGCAUAAUAGUAGUUGUAAUCUCUAUAUAUUUUAUGUAGAAAAUUAUAAAAUAUUUGAAUUUUAAAUGUUUUGUGGUAGUUGGGUUGAUUUCUUUACAAGCAAUAUUUUUGUUGUACUUUUUAUUGUGCAAAUUUUGUCGAAAUAUAUUCUAUAAGUUGUUGUAAACAAAAUGAUGUUUUUUUUUAAUAAUUUUCUAGUACCUACCCCAGUAGCACAACAAUAUUGGUAAAAUAUUAUAUUUACAUAUUGGCCCAAGA